UGUGGGCCGGCUCCUGUUUGUUUUUAGAGAGAGAGAGAGAGAGGGAGAGUAGUGUGGGAGUACAGUGUGAUUGCGGGCAUGGAAUGGGUGGAUGGCCGCACACUUGCGCCUGCCUCCCUCAUCCAUCCGCAUCUCUCUCUCUCCCCCUAGCAAUCAACCCUAGUCUUAGCUUGGCUGACUCCUCCUACCUGGUUGGCAUAGCUUAUUAGCUCCUUCCUUCAGCCCCACUCUACCAGCUCCCAGCGCAGCGCUGCUCGUCGGCCGGUUGCUCCGAUAGCUCAGUCGAUCGGCUACCUCGGUUCUUGCUCACAGUAGCCGCCUCCAUGGUUCCACAUCAGCGAGCCUAGCAAGUUGCUGUGGUGCUACUACUAGUCCCAGCAUCAGGAUUCAGGGAGAGAGGCGUCCCCACCGCGGCUGGGCGUGGGUAGUGCAACUGCUGCAAAUCUGCAAGUACCACCACCGCAUGCAGCAGCUGCCGUCAGGUCAGGCUCACAUGAUCAGAUCGCCCGCCCGCGAGAUCUGAUCCGUGUGCGUAUGUCCUGCUGAUCAGGAAUUCGGCAGCAGCUAGCUAGCUGGUUGAUCGAUCGAGGGGAGAGAAGAGAGGAUCGAGAUGAUGCUCAAGGAUUUCGCGGCAAUUCAGCAGCAGCAGCAGCAGCAGCUGGCCCUCGCCGCCGACGAGAACAUGUCGAACCUCACCUCCGCCUCCGGCGACCAGACCAGCGUCUCCUCCCACCCCCUCCCGCCUCCUUCCAAGAAGAAGCGCAGCCUCCCGGGAAAUCCAGACCCUGACGCGGAGGUGAUCGCGCUGUCGCCGCGUGCGCUCAUGGCGACGAACCGGUACGUGUGCGAGAUCUGCGGCAAGGGGUUCCAGCGGGACCAGAACCUGCAGCUGCACCGGCGCGGCCACAACCUCCCCUGGAAGCUCAAGCAGCGGAACCCCAACGAGGUGGUGCGCAAGAAGGUGUACGUGUGCCCGGAGCCCGGGUGCGUCCACCACGACCGCUCCCGCGCGCUCGGCGACCUCACCGGCAUCAAGAAGCACUUCAGCCGCAAGCACGGCGAGAAGAAGUGGAAGUGCGACAAGUGCGCCAAGCGCUACGCCGUGCAGUCCGACUGGAAGGCCCACUCUAAGGUCUGCGGCACCCGCGAGUACCGAUGCGACUGCGGCACGCUCUUCUCAAGGCGGGACAGCUUCAUCACGCACAGGGCGUUCUGCGACGCGCUGGCGGAGGAGAGCGCGAGGGCGGUGGCCGUGGCCGUGGAGGAGCACCAGCAUCCGGGGAUGCUCUACUCGCACGGUGGCGGCGGCGCGGGGUUUCAGAUGCCGGCCGUGAUGGACCCGUCGAGCUCGCUCGGUGGCGGCCACGGGCUGAUCCAAGAAUUGUGCCUCAAGAGGGAGCGGGAGCAGCAACAGCAGCAGCAGCAGUUCGCGCAGCCGUGGCUAUCGGAGCAGCAGCAGCAGCAGCUGGAGAUGGCCGGCGAGGGCGCCCAGGCCAUGUUUGGGACGGCCAGGAUGGAACAGGAGUUCAACGCGAGCUCCACGCCGGAGAGCAGCACGCAGCCUGUGGGCAUGAGCUUUGCGUCAUUUCCCUCGUCGUCUGCGGCCCCGUCAGCGGCCGGGGCGACGGCCUCAUCCCACAUGUCGGCCACCGCGCUGCUCCAGAAGGCGGCGCAGAUGGGUGCAACGCUGAGCCGGCCGUCAGGCCAAGGCCAGAUGGCAGCGAGCACCUUCAGCAGUAGCAGCAGCGCCGCCAUCACCAACGUCACCAACAAUGCACCUGCUGCCGCUACUAGUAGCAGCGCGGCGACAAGCACCGUCGGCGUGGGAUUCGGGCACGCGUUCGAGGCGCCGGCUCACUUCGGAGUGGACCAGAGGCCCAGUGCCAAUCGUAAUGCCGGCAAUGCCGGCGUCGGCGGCGCAGGUAGAGGCAAUGCCGGAGGCGCAAACGACGGCCUCACGAGGGAUUUCCUGGGUCUGCGGGCCUUCUCCCACGGCGACAUACUCAGCAUGGGAGGCUUCGAUCCCUGCAUGCCCACGUCGGCCUCGGCGAGGGCGGCGUACGAUCAGCAAGGGCCGCAGAGCAGCAACCCAUGGCAUGGCUAGUAAUCAACCUCGCAAUUAGCUGGCUAAGCUCACCAUUGAUGAACCGAACCAUAUCCAAGUUUGAUGAUUUGCUGCGGCAUGCAAUGGACUAAAAACAUCAUCAAGCGUCCGGCAUUGCUCGAUCAUAUACUACUUCAAGGUUAAUCAUACCGAUCAGUAAGUUGGAUUCAGCCUUCCGGCCGAUAAAGCAAAAUCAAGUUCUUUCAUUUUGCUUGCCACUCAUUUUAUCUUCUUUUGGGGAGGAAUGAGCUCUUCAAUUCACUUGCUAUAUAUAUAAAUAAAUUCUUGUUCAUGCUAUAUAUCAUAAUUAAUCCAUGCAUGUCUCUGUUGUAAUAAUAAAGAUGAUUUAGCCGUUCUUUACAUACAUAUGUUACUACCAGUGCUCAUGUCGUUUAUUUGGGUAGAUAAGCAGUUUAUGAGAUGAAUUAACGUUUACCACUGUUC